GGAAGUUUCUGAAUGUUUACUUUCACUAUUAAGCCGACGCCUUUAAUUUUUAAGAAUAUGAAAUAUAGACUAGAUCUAGAUCUCGAUCAAGAAUAGAUCUUGACACUAGUCUAGUGACUUGAUUUUUAGAUCUAACACUAACAGCUGAAAAGAUAGACUCUACAAGACUAGAUCUAGUCAAUCUACUUCAAUCUAGACACCAUGAAAUUUAAUUACUCAACUUUGGAAAUAUUAGUUAAGUUGUCUUCCAAACAGCAAAUGUUGGAUCUUUGUGAGCAAGCUUUCUUGUAUAGAAAAAGAAGUCCAGCCCACUUACCAGACAGUCUUGUGCAGUCCUUGUCACAAACACUGUCGAUAUCUAUAAAUGACUCUCGAUCAUGCAUUAGUACUCUGAGCAACCUUCUGAAAACAGCUGUGUUCCAGGGAUCCACUGACCCUCAAGUCAUUGUCGCUUUAUUUCCAAAUGGCUUUCAUAAAAAUUUACGGGAUUUACUUAUGAAAAUAAUCAUUGAAAAUAUGGCUAAAUGGAAAGCAAGUGCAAUAGCGAAUCAAGUUUCCCUUCCUAAACUCUUGGAUUUUGACUGGAGAGUGGACAUGAAGACUUCGUCUGAUUCUGUUGCCAGGAUGUCUGUGCCAACGUGUAUGCUGAAUUUAGAGAUUCAGGAACAACCUGGCAAAAUUCAGCAGACGGCGGGAAUAGAAAAUGUCAGUGUUGAAUUGAGUAAAGAGACUUUGGACACAAUGCUUGAUGGGCUGGGUAAAAUAAGAGACCAGUUAGCUUCAGUGGCCAACAGAUAAAUUGACUUUUGGUUCAGAAUGAUGUUAUUUGAUGAAGAGACUAUUAAAAUGUAAAUUUGUAUUGAACAAAUGAAUAUUGCAACAUUGUGAUUUGAUCUUGCUAAGGGAGAGAAUUGGAUUAUAGUAUUGUAUUGCAGCACACUUUGAGUUGAGAUAGAUUAUGUAUUGUUAGAAUCAAACACAUGGAAAAAACUGUACUGGACUCAAGGUUUUUGUUAUCUUCAUGUUUUUUUCCCUUUUGUUUUGUUAAAGAAUAUUGAUUAUGUCUGUCUGUAUGCCAUAUAUUACUAUGCAGAAAAGUUUCUGCUCAAUACCCAAUCAUCUCCCCUAGAUUUAUAUAUGUUUGAAACAAUGAUUUGUUAUGAUGAUAAAAUAAUAAACUAUGUUAAAAUAA